CUUGCCACUCAAAAACCAAAUGUGUAAAAUGAAGAUAGAAAUCACCUAGCAUUGACAUAGCGGGAAAUAUCAAGCGCCGACCAAUCGCUGAAAACAAAAAUAUAUGUUUCGGCCCCACUACGGAAGCCUUGUUCACAAAGUUGUUCACAGCAAGGACACAGUAUUGAGAGUUGAAAUUUCAAUUUCACUUCUGUGCUUUGAUUUAGAGCACUCCUUUGGUUGGGAAAUAUGCUGGGCUUAUCGUAUAUGGUUACUUUUCUCCUUUUUGUGUUUUUUUUUUCUAAAGAAGGCGUGAGCAGGUUUCCGGGGAGGAUGCCUCGAAGGGAACGCUUGUCCCAGACGAGAACACCGCGCCGGCUAAGGCCUUAUCUGACGUAAUGUGGAGUUCGCUGAAGUCGUGCGGUUUCAGCAUGGUGCCUGCAAUACUGUUGCUGGCGGUGAGCUCGGUGGCAGCGUCGUGGCAACUGGUGUGGAUCAAGCGCUGGACCGACGCCGCCAGCGUUAAAGGUGAUCCAGGCGACCCGGCUUGGAUUUGGGGACUCGCCCUGCUCUCGGUGGGAACGGUACUGUCACGUGCGGCCGGCAACGUGCUGGUGGCGCUGGGUGCCAACCGGCUGUCGCGACUCCUGCACCGUGACAUGCUGGACCGAGUGCUGCACAGUCCCGUCGCGUUCUUCGACUCGACCCCGCGCGGACGCAUACUGAACCGGUUCACGGCCGACGCGAGCACUCUGGACACGCGGCUCGCAUCGCACUCACGCCAGGCGGUGCAGAACGUCCUGCUGGCCGUCGCCCGCGUGGCCGCCAUUGGCACCGAGCGCCUGGCCGUGCUCGGCAUCAGCGCUGCCGUCGCGGCCGUCUUUGCAUUCGGCAUGCCUGAGGUUGAGCCGUUGUCCUUUCCACCUGGCGAGGAGGAACUGCUUGGCCUCCAACAGGUGAGCCAGACGGCUGUCCAUCUUUUCCACUGGGAGGUCGGUACAAACCUCUUUGGGGGUAGCUUCGAUGUCGUGUCUAACCUGUACAGCCCAUUGUUCGAGGUCUGUGUACUUCAACAUGCGCUGUCUCUACUGCUCGACUUGGAGGUGCGUGGCCAAGAUAUAAUGGUCGCUACCAAAAUCUACCCCGAGGUUCGUCCACUUGACCGCUGCAAUGCUCCUGACAAAGGGUGUGGGCCCCCGCACAACCCACACUUUGGCAUGCACUGGUGUGGAUCGUCCGGGUUGACUGCCCACAUCCUCUGCAGGUGGACUCUUCGGGAGUAG